AUGCUCAUAUUUGCUUGGUUAUUUUCCAUUUUAUUUAGCCUUCCACAGCUUUUUGUUUGGACAACCUACAAUCCUUUUAGAAAUUCACAAUCACAGGGAUGGGUGCAAUGCACGGAUAUUUGGAGUAUUGACCGCUAUGAGCGUUAUCUACUAGAACAACAUCAACCUAAUACAAAUAUUUUACAAAAAAAUAAUUCAAAUUGGGAAGAAUUUGUGCUUAGUCCUUUAAUUCAAAAUGGUUAUGAAUUAACACAUUUAUUUUUGGUUUUCUAUGGCCCCUUAAUUGUUUUAAUUAUUUGUUAUGCUUUAAUAUCAACAAGACUUAUUCGCUUUGCAGCCAACAAUCCGAGAAAUAUUGCAAAGGUGAAAAAAAUUAAAAAUAAAGUUUUUAAUUAUGGGAUUUUAUCAUGA